UAUCGUAUGCGUCGUGUGUGAUAGAUAAGCUGGACGUUCAACUCGCACUUGCCAUCGUCUCAUGUUUGUCACUCCGAGCAACGCUGCUAUACUGACAGCCAAUCAACGCUAGCUGGUUGCGUGUCGUCGCAUGGCACAGGCUGGUCAUCCCUGUGACUCCGGCAAAGCCACUAGACUGUCAGCGAUUCGACACAAGGCACAAGUUCUGGCACAUGCACUUUCGCCUUUCGCUGCCACCAUCGCCACUGCACUACCGUCAACACGGGCUAUGCUAGUGAAAGGUUGUCCUAAGCUACAAGUAGCAUAGCUGACCAGCACUAACGUCAAGAAAAGGGAGCGCAUUUCACUUCUGAAGUUCAUUACACGCUCUGCUGCCUGAAGGAGGUUUCAGCUCGGCUAGCUCUGCGGUGAAGACCAUUCCGUGGGCAUAUUGACUUGUAGGUCGUGCCCUCCUGAUUCCUAUCCCGCGUCACGGUUUAGAGGUGUCUUCUUAUAAGUGGUUAGUGUCUGCGCCUGAGGAAUUCACGAUGAAGAAGGCAAGCAUUGGGUAUUGUGCCUUGGUCUGCUUAGUACCUAUCGUCAUAUUGGCAUGGUCAGGUGCGGUACAAUCGGCAGCAACAGACACUGCAGCGGACGUCGACACAGGCGUGGAUCGCACGGUGGUUGAAAUUCCGCUCAAGUACUAUGAUCAGAGUGACGAGCACAUGUGGACUGACCACUUUGUCGACCAGCUGGUACCCGUUCGGCGUGAGAACACUGCUGUUCACAAGGAAAAGCAGAUGGAGAACAAAUGCCUGAAUGUCACCUGCCACCCAGAGCCCAACUGUGCGGAAUAUAGGCUAGUGCACGACGAGUGCUGUGCGCGCUGUAUGCGUCUGAUCCGCCGCUGGAGAACAUGUCCUCACUGUGAACCCACCAAGGGUUGCCUGAAGUAUGCAGCCGCUAAGCGUGGACAGUGCUGUGCAGAAUGCAGCAAACGAAAGAACAGACAACCAGAGGGUCUGUGUGCCAGCAUUCUGUGUCCGCCGCAUCGCGUUUGCAGAGAAGUGAAAGGAGAGGCGAUGUGCAUGUGCAAAGAGCGCUGUCCCAGCUCAUACAAUCCCGUGUGUGGCUUCGACGGCAUAACAUACAAGAACCCGUGCCAUCGCAAGCGAGCUGAAUGUGCGAGCGGAGCAGCAAUACCCAUGCGAAGGCGGACGGCUUGUCAUUGAAAAGCUGCGUCGGCUCCAACACUGAUUAUCAGCGUUACCCCCUGCAUCACCACACAGGCAACACACAGCAAUGUGGCGAUGUGGAACAGAGGUAGCGUCGCCACCGCUUCACUGAUUUCCGUUCCGUAUAUUUGCCACGAAAUUGUACUCGCGCAGAGCUAUAUCAGGGAUUUUCAAUUUAGUGCCCACAUGUACAAAAAAAAACAAUCGCCAAGAAUUGCACCUUGAGUUGGAUUGGAUGAGUGUCUGCCAACUGUUGAGCUCACCUGUAUCACUUUAACUACCUCAGCUACAUACUUAUUGCCAUUUAACUUAACUCGACUGCAUAUAUGACCAGUUAAGCCUGAGCAUUGCCCCGCCAGAGUACUAGCAAUCAAACAAUCUCUCAUUGUACAAAUCUCACAGCCGACAUGCAGAUAAUCUUGCUCAGCAGCAUGUACUGACCCGGUUUAUUUUCCACAUAUUGUGUUUUUAACCUGCGAUCGAUUCCCAUUGAUCUAUUCAAGAUGGCCCUAGGUGUCCCGACUCGAAAAUACUCAUGAGCAGUGCCCUUUUCUUUUCACUUUGUUGAUAUUUCUUUCUCUUGACAUUGCCAUAUUUCGCACGCCACCUCAGCCAUGGCGCACACAUAGCACACACAGCCAACAAAUGACUCCUUCUUAUAAUUAUGAAGGAAGUAAAGACCUGCAUGUAUGUCAAAUGAACUUCUCCACCGUGACCGUAGGA